AUGCAGCAGGAGUCUAGUUCAUCACAAACAAAUUCAGAAACUGAUUUAUUGAUGAGGAAAAUUGUUAAAAAGGCCCAUUAUGAUGCUAAAAGAUACAAACCAAGUACCUCGUGCACCAGUUUCUCAUCAGCACCAGAAAAAGUAAUAACAUUGUCAUCAGCACGUCCGACGCAGACAAGAACUGCAUUUUCGAAUGCUGAGGAUACGUUGCUGAUUUAUAUAAUUUCCAGCGACAAAAAAUUGUAUCAAACUAUAGGAAAUUCGAGUUGCAGCCAAAACUCUGACAUGCAGCAGGAGUCUAGUUCAUCACAAACAAAUUCAGAAACUGAUUCAUUGAUGAAGAAAAUUGUUAAAAAGGCCCAUUAUGAUGCUAAAAGAUACAAACCAAGUACCUCGUGCACCAGUUUCUCAUCAGCACCAGAAAAAGUAAUAACAUUGUCAUCAGCACGUCCGACGCAGACAAGAACUGCAUUCUCGAAUGCUGAGGAUACGUUGCUGAUUUAUACAAUUUCCAGCGACAAAAAAUUGUAUCAAACUAUAGGAAAUUCGAGUUGCAGCCAAAACUCUGACAUGCAGCAGGAGUCUAGUUCAUCACAAACAAAUUCAGAAACUGAUUUAUUGAUGGAGAAAAUUGUUAAAAAGGCCCAUUAUGAUGCUAAAAGAUACAAACCAAGUACCUCGUGCACCAGUUUCUCAUCAGCACCAGAAAAAGUAAUAACAUUGUCAUCAGCACGUCCGACGCAGACAAGAACUGCAUUUUCGAAUGCUGAGGAUACGUUGCUGAUUUAUACAAUUUCCAGCGACAAAAAAUUGUAUCAAACUAUAGUAAAUUCGUCUGAGAAUCUCGUGUGGGAAAAUCUCUGUGGUUGUUGUACAAAUGGAGCACCAGCUAUGUUGGGGACAAGAUCUGGAUUUCAAAUCCAGGUGAAAGAGCCAUCACCAAAAGUAAGAGGCAUUCACUGUAUGAUUCAUCGUCAAGCGCUCGCCUCCAAAACACUUCCAGCUAAUUUGGGAACAGUUUUAGAUCAAGUAGUUAAGAUUGUAAAUUUUGUCAAAGGCGGUGCUCUCAACUCCCGGCUUUUCAAGCAGUUAUGUGCUGACAUGGAUGCGACUCAUCAAACUCUUCUUUUCCAUACCAAUGUUCGCUGGCUCUCAAAGGGAAAUGUAACUGCGAGAGUAUUUGCCCUCAGAGAUGAGCUAAAAUUAUUUUAUGAAGCCCAGGAACGAAGUAAAAAUGAGUUGGAUUUAUUAAGAAAUCCAUUUAAAUUGGCUGUUGAAAUAGUGCCUGAUGAUUGUCAAGAUGAAUUUCUGGAGCUUAAAAAUGAUUCAGGAGCCAAAGAUUUGUUCGACGAAAAAUCAGUUUCAGAAUUUUGGCCCUUGAUGUGCGAAUCCUACCCAAAAAUAGCAGAAAUAGCCAUCCGUGCAUUACUUCCAUUUGUGUCGACAUAUCUUUGCGAAUCAGGAUUUUCAACCAUGCUGCAAAUAAAAACCAAACAACGAACGGUGUCGCGCGAACAUUCUAGAAAGCUCUACACGACGCUCGAAUGCGUGCGCGCGCCGCCCCGCAGGAAGGAUCUAGAAACGGUGCAAGCGCGACGGAAAUACGCGCGACGUGAGAGUGAGCAAGACAGCGCGCGGCAUGCAUACACGCGCGCGUUCUGGAAACUGCCCGACUAUUCUAGUAUAACGUUGCACCGGUAUAUAUAA